UCUUUCUUGUUUUGACAACAAACGGUGGGGAAAGAAAGCACGUGUAUCAGGAAAUCUAAGGUCUCAGAUUACAUCCAAACUGACACAAUAAAAGAUGGAUGGAAAAAUAAAUCAAAACCCUUAAACUGGGAAUUACACUCCUUGUACUUGUUGCUCCCCCAAUUAUCCUGUACUUUUAAUUGAAGCAUGAAGUGCUGGUGAAGCCAAGUAUUGCUGUCCACGACUUCUCAGUAUUACAGGGGUUCAUGAACCCCAUUAAUUGUAGCUGUCUUUUCCCUCAAAUAAAAAGUCAAGGUCCAGAGAUCCAAUCAAAAGCCACAGUUCUUCAAGUUAAGUUCAAAGAUGAGAAGUCUGGAUAAAAUUUACCAAGUCUUAAGACCGGUAACAGACUUUUCAUGUGUCGUCGAAGGUUAGUCAUGUGAUGCUCCCUGUUUCACUUUGCUGUCAAAGGGGUACAGAAUCUAUCCACCACACAACUAGAAAGCAAAAACCCUGUCACAUGGAUUGCAUUUACUGAGCUGAUUCUGUUCAUGAACCCCAUAGAACACUUUUAUCGCUAUCUAGAAGCCUAGACUGCCUACUGAUAUCGAAAAGGUACCUAUGAUCCAAUUAAUUACUUUCGUCUUUCAGUAACUACUAACUGCAUAUUAACUUCGUAGGGUCGGGUUUCUGUGACCUGACAGCUUUGUCUUCACUUCCUUGCCAUUCAAAAGUACCUGUGGGCUCAAUUUCUGAUUGAAUCUUUCCCAGCACCAUUGCAGCUAUGCUAACAAAGUUUCUCAUUCCUCUCCUUCUUAUACAACUUGUAUCUUCAUCCAAGAAUGAUUUCAUCUUCAAAGGAUUUAAUGCAACAAACUUGAGCCUCAAUGGAGUAGCAGAGAUAACCUCUGAUGGCCUCGUGCAGCUAACCAAUAACACCGCGAAUGCCGUAGGCCGCGCCUUUUAUCCCUUUCUACUUCCUUUCAAGAACUCAAAAGCUAAGUCUGCCUCAUUCUCAACAACUUUUGUAUUUGCAAUAGUUCCACAAUACAAAGACAUCAGUGGCCAUGGGAUGGUUUUUGCCAUUUCUCCUACCAAGCAGCCUUUAGGUUCAGCCUCGGGCCCUUUCUUUGGCCUUUUCAAUGAUUCAAACAGUGGAAAGGAAACCAAUCAUAUUGUAGCCAUUGAGUUCGAUACCUCUAGGGCUGUGGGCCUUGGAGAUAUCGAUGCUAACCAUGUCGGUAUUGAUAUUAAUGGAGUCCGCUCACUUAAUGCAUCUUCAGUGGCCUAUUUUGACAAGGAGAAUAAGCCUAAGAGAUUAAAUCUGAUUAGUGGAAAUCCAAUGCAAGUUUGGGUAGAUUAUGGUGCAAAAGAUAUGAAGCUUGAUGUUAGAAUAACUCCAAUUGGUUUAUCUAAACCAAAAAUACCUCUGGUGUCAUCGAAGGUUGAUCUCUCCUCCAUUUACUUGGAUGAUAUGUAUGCGGGUUUCUCUGCAUCAACAGGAGAUGGCACCGCAUUUCAUUAUGUACUUGGAUGGAGCUUUAGUUUGGAUGGGAAUGCCCAAGAUCUUGAUAUAUCAAAGCUCCCAUCAGUUCCUCGUCAAGAUACAACACAAAAGGGGCCGAACAUUUUAACAGUUGUGUUGCCUUUAGUUGCAGUAAUCCUCUUGCUCGUCACCAUUGCUGUCAGUAUUGUUAUAGUGAGGAGGAGGAAGAAAUUUGCGGAACUUCUUGAAGACUGGGAACUCGAGUAUGGACCUCACCGGUUUACAUACAAGGAUUUGUUCAAGGCAACCAAAGGUUUCAAGGAAGAACACCUUCUUGGUGUCGGAGGUUUUGGUAGAGUUUAUAAAGGCAUUCUUCCUUCAUCCAAGCUAGAAAUAGCCGUGAAGAAAAUCUCUCAUGAAUCGCAACAAGGUAUGAAGGAAUUUGUUGCAGAGAUAGUGAGCAUGGGAAGGCUAAGACAUCGUAACUUAGUUCAGCUCCUUGGCUAUUGUCGGCGUAAAGGAGAGCUCCUCUUGGUUUAUGAGUUCAUGCCUAAUGGAAGCCUCGAUAAAUUCCUAUUUGGAGGAAAGAAGAAAAUGCUUGGUUGGAGCCAGAGAUUUCAGAUAAUCAAAGGAGUAGCGUCUGGCCUUCUUUAUCUUCAUGAAGGGUGGGAACAGGUGGUAAUUCACAGAGACAUCAAAGCUGCAAAUGUGCUUCUGGAUCAUGACUUGAAUGGAAAACUGGGGGAUUUUGGCCUAGCGAAGCUCUAUGAUCACGGGAGUAAUCCUCAAACAACUCAUAUUGUAGGGACAUUGGGUUAUCUUGCACCGGAGCUUAGUAAAACCGGUAAGGCUACUAUUAAGACUGAUGCCUUUGCAUAUGGGGCAUUUCUACUUGAAGUGGCUUGUGGAAGGAGGCCAAUGGUUAUGCGUGGAACAAUGCCAAAUUUAGUUGAUUGGGUUCUAGAACUUUGGAAGAAAGGAAUGAUCCUAGAAGCAAGUGAUCCAGAUUUAGAAAGUGAUUAUGUAGUGAAGGAGAUGGAGUUGGUGCUGAAAUUGGGAUUAUUUUGUUCCCAUCCUGACCCCGAGGCAAGGCCAACUAUGAGACAAGUGAUGCAGUUUUUAGAAGGUGAUGCUCCCCUGCCAGUUAUGCCUCUGGAUUAUCUAGCUGCUUCAUCCUCAGCGUAUGAUGAAUCUUUUGAUGAUUUCAUCAUGUCAUAUCCUUCAAUAUCGAGCCAUACAGUAUCAGGAAGCUCGUCAUCACAAGUGUUUCGACAAUAAUGUAACUAGUGUUUCCAGUCUAUGUUCCUAUCCUUUAUCUACCCAAGAGUACGAUAAUGUUUGCGCUAUGUGUAAGUAUUGAGAAAUUUUAUCAGCAGAAUGCCUAGGAAAGCAGGGAAACAGUUUAUGAAAAGCUUAUACCACUUAACGAUAGAUAAAGAUGUGUUCUAAUUAGAGAGAUUGCACAUAGUUGAGAACUCAAAUGACUUUCUCAAGAACACAGGCUACACAGUGUUAGCAUACACUGGGGGAUGUUUCACUAGUAUUAACGCAAACAAGCGGCAUUUUCAAUCAAAAGAUGGCUGUAAACUUAUAAAUUUAUUGUUUCAACUUAAAUUUUACAUUCAGAAAUCUACGAACUGACAAGGCCCUAAACUGACUCCAAAGUACUGUGUUAAGACUUGCUUUUUACACUCACCUCCUGCAAAUUUAAUGCCCUUCACAUGAAAUAGCCAUUUUCUUUAUGCUUCAAUCUUGAAAUUUCAGGCAAACGAAGUGUCAUCAUGGCUAUCUUCCUCCUCUUUGAUGUCAUCAUCCUCCUCUGCAUCUUGACCAGCUCGUUGGUGUGAACGUGAGCAUCAAUUACUCGUGGGGGCCACCCACGUGAUGUUUUUGCGUGAAUUGAUGGAGCCGGACGUUUUUUAUUUCAUCUUCGCAUGAGUACACGAAGCCAAGCCGGCCCACCCGAAUAAUCACAAGGAUAUAUAUAUUCCUAGGUUUC